AACAUGAAGGGCCCGGCGUUCACAGCGAUGGUGAUGGCGGUGGUGGUGAUGGGAGGCGUGCAGACACAACCCCCAAUCGACCCCAACGUCUACUGGUUCGAAUUCUACAGUAACGUUACCGCUGACGCGUGCCGCGACAAGCAGACCCUGUGUCACUCCAACGCCGCCCGCUGCUCCGUCAUCAUGGGGCCCGGGAGGAUGGACACGGAGGAGGAAGUCGCCCCCUUGAGGACCAACUUGACAAUGUGUGCCGCGGAGGUCGGGGUUACUGACGCUGACUUCUCCACCUUCACUCUCAGUAUGUGAAUAAGAACAUAAGAACAUAAGAACAUAGUGAGACUGCAAGAAGCCUAAUGGCCUACACAAGACAGCUCCAGAUUCCCCCCCACUACCACCUGUCAUCCUCGUCCAUGUAGCUAUCCACUCUACUCUUAAAACAAGCUAUCGUCCCUGCACUCACUAUGUGGUUCCUGAGUCUAUUCCAUUCCCCCGCCACCCUAUUAUUAAACCAGUGCUUGCCUAUUUCCCUGCUAAAUCUAUACUUCGAUAAGUUACAAUCCAUUACUGCGUGUCCUAUCCUGAAUGUGAAUGUGUGUGUGUGUGUGUGUGUG